UCUGUCGAUAUCCGCGCCGCUCCGUGGCCCGUGCCAUUUGUUCGCCUUUUUCGUACUCCACUGCACUGCAUGCACUCAACUCGACUGCGGCUGAGAUCUGGGAUUGAACUGGUUGCAUUUGAAAAACUUCAUUUUCAAUUUCACAGGUUUUCAUUCUUGUCUCGAAUCAACAUGAGCUCGUUACCAAAUAAUCCAGAGCUUCGUUUGAACGAGAGGGGAGGCACGGUGGGUCCAUUUGGACGUCCAAGACCCCUUGCCCUUGCUGCUGCCGCCCCGAGAACAGGAGGCAAGAAGACCCACCCUGGCAAAGCCAUUCUCGCAGGUGGUAUCGCUGGUGGAAUCGAGAUCUGCAUCACUUUCCCAACGGAAUAUGUCAAGACCCAACUCCAGUUGGAUGAGAGGGCUGCUAAACCUCUGUAUCGUGGCCCUAUACACUGCGUCAAGCUUACCGUCAAGGAGCAUGGAGUCAGGGGACUAUACAGGGGUCUUAGCCCCCUUAUAUAUGGGUCUAUACCAAAGUCAGCCGUAAGAUUUGGAGCAAAUGAGGCCUUGAAAACAAGAUGGCGUGAUAGCCACAAUGGCACCCUAAGCAAGACAGGUAGUCUUCUAUGUGGUCUAGGUGCAGGAGUGAGUGAAGCCAUUCUGGCCGUCACUCCCAUGGAAACUGUCAAGGUCAAGUUCAUCAAUGACCAGACUUCAGCCAAGCCUCAGUACAAGGGCUUCUUCCAUGGACUCAGGGAGAUUAUCAAGACUCAAGGUUUCCGUGGUACAUACCAGGGUCUAUCAGCCACCAUCAUGAAGCAGGGUAGCAACCAGGCCAUCCGUUUCUUUGUCAUGGACUCACUCAGAGAAUGGUACCGUGGUGAUGACCCCAACAAGUACAUUAACCCUCUGAUCACUGCCUGCUUUGGAGGUCUUGCAGGAGCUGCUAGUGUGUUUGGUAACACUCCCUUGGAUGUCAUCAAGACCCGUAUGCAGGGUCUGGAUGCUCACAAAUACAAGAAUACAUGGGACUGUGCAGUAAAGAUCUGGAAAUAUGAAGGGGCCAAAGCUUUCUACAAGGGAACACUCCCUCGUUUGUCCCGUGUGUGUCUGGAUGUCGCACUGGUCUUUGUAAUCUAUGAGGAAGUGGUGAAGGUCCUCAACAAGGCCUGGCCUACAGAAUAAAGACCAAGUCCUGGUUCUUCCCUAGCAGGUCUACUUGGACAAGAAUUGACUGCCAGUGAAAUGUAUGAAAAGAAAGAAAUGUGAAUAUUGGAUGGGUAAAGGUAAAUUAUAGUUUAGCUGUCAGAUUGUGUAGAACUUAAAUUGUAUAGUCCAGGGUGUAAUGCUCUAUUGACAUCAUUAUUGAAAGGAUCAUUGAGAUUGAUAAGCGUGUUCACAUUGAGGGAAUGAUUAGAUGAUAAAUCACAUGGUUGAAGAUAAAUCAUCUAAUCAGAAAGGUAUAAAUUUCAGAUGCAUGAUAUUGCUCAUUUUCUUUGUGCAGUCUGCAUGUGUAACUGUACAUGAUAUGUGGUGGUAGAAGGGGUUGUGCACAACCUGUAAUUCAGAAUUACUCAAUCUUUUGUCCAUGUGAAUUUCUUCAUGUUUUAGUUGAUUGUGUGUGAGCCCUGUCAUGUAAGUUGUACUUUAAAAGGCACAAAUUAUUCUUAUCAGUACAGGUCCAAAUUUAUAUUGAAUGGUACUGGAAUUUAUUUUGUUUUCAAGGAUGUUAAGUUUUUUCAAAUCUCUUUCAUUUAUUUUGUGAGGUAUAAAAAGUAUCCCACUGAUAAUUAAUUUUGUUUAUGAAAAAAAAUUUAUUGUCAUAAUUUUUGUUUUGAGGUAAUGGAACAAAAUUUCAUAUGCUAAUUUGUUUGUUGGUAUAUAAGUGUGUAUUGGAAACUAAUAAUUAUCUUUAUAGGUUAUAAGUUUGACCCUGUAUUAUUAUAUAAGGCUAAAUGUAAACGCAUGGUUCUUAUACUGUUGGGUCUCUCUAACACAUUCCAAAUGUAGUUUUCAUUUGAGGUAUUGUUUUUAUUUAUCUGCUAAUUUCAUUCACAAGUUUUUUACUAGUACUUUUCAGGGGAAAAUGCAAAUCUUAUACGGCUGUAUUAUGGAAACAAUUUUAAAACCUUAUAUUAAGAUGGCACUAAUUAACUGCGCCAGGCCAUGUUGACAUCAUUAAUAUAAUCCUCAACAGAGCACUUAUUGUAUGCAACUCAAUUCAACUUAAUGUUGAAUUAAAAUAUAAAGGCAUAGAGUAUAGAGAUGAGUAUUUUAUUGCACAAAGUGCAUGAUUUUGUCAUUGCAUGUCUGUUUAUUGUAGCCAAACUUGCUAACAACUGCUAUAUUUUCCAUGAUAUAGUAUAUCAGCACUUCUACUUCUUUCAUUUUGAAUGAGUCAUCUAUGAGUGCUUUUAGAUGUUAUCGUUAUACAUGAUAGGUAGCACUAUCAGUAUCCAGUGGUGGUGAUCAGUGACAUCAUUCAGAUGUUAUCACCACUUGUUAUCCAUAGCGCAGAUGAGCUUGCAAUUAGCAGUCAAUCACUAAUCACAAAUAGGAGCAUUCAAACAUUCAGAUGUUCAAUCAAUCACCACUGGCGCUUGAUAGUGUUAUCCAUCUUAAUUGUAGAUAAUGUCUCAAAAUAAAUCUUGUAUCAUCUACGUACACCUGCCAUCGUUAAAGAAUCAAUUGCUGGUCUAUGCUUUUUGACACAUUAUUAAAAUAAAAAGCGUGACUGCUCCAAUUCACUGCAUUGUAUAACACUUCAUACAGUUCCCAUAUUUUAAGGCUAUUUGGGGAAUUUUCAGGAGUUUUUCAGCACUGAGGGUCCUGAGCGGUCCUCUUGCUAAAAGUGCAAUGAAUUUCAAUGUAUCAAUUUUCUAUCACUUUUCUAUAACUUUGUCAAUGUUUCAUCCAAAUACAAAGACACUUUCCUUUAUCUACCUCUGAAAUGAAAAUAAUAUCAGUUCUUAAGCAAUGGAUUAACAUUCAUCAGGUCAGAGGAAAGACUGCUUCUGACUUUAAAUGUUUACUGUAUUGUACUGAUUAUUAUUUCCCUGAUUUUGAAUUACAUACCCACCAGUGUAAUCCAUGCUAUCUAGAGGUUUCAUGUCCUCUUAUCCAGGUAUUUUAGUUUUUCAACUGAUGUAUGAGUAUUAAUCUUCUGAUUUAUAUCAGUUGUGAGUGCAUUGUGCACCAUAUACUACAGACUUGCAUGUUUCAGUUGAUGUCAAGAUAGAUUGUAUCUCCUUACUGCACAUGGCACAAAAGCUUGUAUUUUCUGUCACAUUAACUAAAAUUCAUUGCUAGGAUUAAAUGCUCGGAUUAAUCCUAGCAAUGAAUUUUACUUAUUGUGAUAGAAUGAAUACUUUGAAAUUCUAUUUGCUAAAUUUCUUGAAAAUAUUGCAGACAAAAGCAUGUGUUUGAAACUUGUAUUACCUCACCUAAAUGUAUGGCAACCAAAGAAUAUUUGUUGAAUGCAGAUGUAAAUAAAAUGCACCCAAACGAGAAAAAAAUAAAACCUGAAAUUCAUAUACAUUUUGACUCCGUGAUGAUAGAUCACAUAAGAAACUGUGCUUUUGGAGUAGCAGAAGUAAGUUUGAAUUCCACAUUACUCAAAAUCUAUUGUCCCUUGUUGCAAAUAUCUCAUUAAUUCAUUUAUUUUGCAUGAAAUAGACAAAUGAAUGAUAUAUAUUCAGAAAUACAUUUAAGAGCAUACGUGUUUUUAAUUAUAUGGAGAUGGGACCAAGGGGUCUGUGCCAAGCAGGGAUGGUGCCAAGUGUGAUAUUACAAUAUGUUAAUGCAACACAAUAUCAUAUAAUUUUCAUACCAAAUAUGACAAAAAUAGUAAAAAUGAUAAUAAUUACAUGGAAAGUGAAACAGGAACUGAAAGGAAGAAGAUGAUGAAAUUGUCUGAUGAAAUGUACACGUAUAACUUCUGUGUUGGCAUUACAUUAUAUUUUCUCUAUUUUGAAUAGUCAUUACAAAUCUCCUCUGACAUAGCAGCAUACUGUAUAUGUGGUUACAUUAUAUUCCUAGAAUGAUACCAAGAAUAUAAUUAUAAUAACUUGAUAUUUCAUAUUUAUAUUUAUGUAAUGUGUUUUAUCGUUAAUAAGUCUUCCCUCAUAUUUUGUGAUAAAUGUUUUAGAAACAAAAAGAAUAUAAUUUAGGACAUUGUAGACCUCUUAUUUGUCAGUUUUAUGAGAUAAGCUGUAUUUGAAAUUAGUCAUUAAUUUCCUUGUUCAAUAAUAUUUUGGUCUGUAAUAUGAUGUGUGUAUAUUUUAGAAUCUUGAAGCUAUUGUGGAGCUAAGAGCAAUUGAUAAUUAAUUUUGAAUAAGAAAUGUAUUCUCAUUGCAAUAUAUUGCUUUAUUUUGGAAGAAUUAUUGACAUAUCUAAUGGCUUAAUGUCUAAUGAGCACAGUCAAGUGAGACUGUGAUUAAAAUGGAGGAUUUUGUUGUAAAUCUUGAAGCAUUUGUGUAAUUAGUGAAACGCUGUAUACAUGCAGUCUGGUGUCAUUGUGAAAUAUGAGCACAAACCUGUAAGGUGAUAAUGAGAAAUAUCAAUAAAAUGUAAAAUGACUCAGUCAUUCAUAUCUCAAA